AUGUCUGUUAUUCAUUCGUUCUCCAGCACCGCUGCGCUGCGUCGUUCGUCCGCCAUUGAGCAGCCUCACUUUAUCAUGGCUUCCAAUGCCGCAAAUCAAGGGCAGACGUCCCAAGGCUCUGCUCCGCGCCCCGAAUUGGCACCCUCCAACGGCAACGCGCAACAGAACGAGCCUGGUGCAGCUGCGGCUCCCGCAAAGAAACGCAAGCAUCGCGGAGGCAAGAAGCGGCGCAAUCGCCGCCAAUCGUUCGCUAACACGCUCGAAUCGGGCGACAUGACCGACGAUGCGCGCCCGAGCCUCGCAGACGUCGCCGGGCAUUCGUCGCGCGGUAGUUCCAGCUUCUACCGCCUCCGUCCGAACCAGAAUCGCAGCAAUGACAGCCUGGAGAGCGAUGUCUUGCUCGACCACCGCGAGCAGCCAGCUUCGAUUUCGACGCGCCGCCCGAGCGUGCAGAUGUCGCAGCUGCUCUCGCCGCCCCAGCGCCGCUCCACCCAGCCGAAUCCCAAUCGCUCCGGCCUCGCGCACCAGCAGUAUGCCUCGGAUAGCGACCCCGACGACAACGACGCUGAUGACCGCACGCCUCUUAUGAGCCAAUCUGCGCGGGAUCUGAGGUCAAGCGGAUAUGGAGGAGCCGGGACCGCUCUUCGACACCGGAGAGAGAGCAGGUCCUCAGGACACUCGAACAGCAGAAUUGGUGCGCAAUUUGCGCUGCAGCAUCACUCGCAGACGAAUCUUGCAGACUAUGAUGUGAACAAUCCGCCAUCCGUGCCUGCGAGCCCGGUCCUGGGACCCGAACUCAACAGCUAUGGCGAUGUGAUGCUGCCAACAGAUAUGACGCGCAGUCAGGAGAGGUCAGGGAGCAGGGGAAGCAGGGGCAGGUCUCGGGACGUCUUGAUUGACAUCGAUGAAGAAUCUACACCACAACAAAAUUGGGAAUCCGAGCCACCGUCCCCCCCUGAGCCCAAGGAAUUGAGCCGUCGCAUGACGCUCUCGGCCGCUGAGGAUGUCUGCUUCCCGCUGGAGGACAUGUCCGAGAUUGGCCAGGAGGACUACAUGCGCCACCGAGAAGAAGGAGGUGACACGCGUCAACGCCGCCGACGCCGUCGAUGGCCAGACUUGAGCGUCCUCGAAGAUUGGUCGCACGAGGAGAAGGAACAGCGUACUAUUGAGGGUAUGCGUGCCCGCAAGGUCGCCGAACCCUUGAUGGUAGAUGGACGCCUGCGCCCGCAGAAACGUACAUGGCAUAAAGACACAGAAGAUGCGCCAUACCGCUUCACUUACUUCAACGAGGAAUUCGAGAACACGAUUCACAGUCAGAGUAUUGGCGAGCUCUGUCAACCAGGACAGACUUUUCGACAGCUAUUCAUCCCGGAUCCACCUAUUCUGGAAGAUAGCACCGACGACGAGACCGAUGACGAUGAGGGCAUGACGACUAUGACACGAGAAAGCACCGUGGACAGACAGGCUAGCAUGAACGGGAUCAAUCGUGCUGCUGCGCGGACUCCAACUACAUUGGCCCCAAAGCAGACAUCUUCGGGAGAGCAGACACGGUCUAGUACACCUGGGCGUUCUACCACCCCGAAGCCGCCUCGAGAGGAGAAGCCGCCGCGGUACGGUCCGCGUCCUGCUUUCUGGCUCGAUGUACUCUCACCCACCGAUGCGGAAAUGAAGGUCAUUUCCAAAGCCUUCGGCAUCCACCCUUUGACUGCCGAAGAUAUCUUGAUGCAGGAACAGCGCGAAAAGGUCGAGCUGUUCAAGCAUUAUUACUUCAUCAACUACCGCACUUUUGAGCAGGAUGAGAAUAGCGAAGACUACCUAGAACCCGUCAACCUAUAUGUUGUCGUCUUUAAAGAGGGCGUUAUCAGCUUCCAUUUCUCGAUGACCCCUCAUCCAGCUAAUGUCCGACGCCGCAUCCGCCAGCUUAAGGACUACCUCAUCCUCAGCCCAGAUUGGAUCUCAUAUGCUCUCAUCGACGAUGUCACCGACGCUUACGCUCCGCUUAUUGAGCGGAUCGAAGAAGAGGUCGACGAUAUCGACGAAGCCAUUCUCCGCUCCUACUCGCAAGAAGACGCGAAGACCGCCAACAGCAAGAAAGACCCUUUCAACAUCCUCAACGACAAGGACUCCGACGAUGGCGAAGAAAACGGCGGCGGCGGCCGAGACAUGCUCCGCCGCGUCGGCACCGCACGAAAACGCGUCAUGACGCUGUAUCGCCUGUUAAGUACCAAGGCAGAUGUCAUCAAGGGCUUCGCGAAAAGAUGCACGGAGCAGUGGGACGUUGCGCCAAGGGGCGAGGUCGGGCUCUACCUGGGUGAUAUCCAAGACCAUAUUGUCACCAUGACGGCUAACCUGACGCAUUACGAGAAGUAA